AUGGAAUCUGCACCUUCAGUUCCCACUGAUUCAACACCCACCGAACCAGUUUCAAACCACCUUCCACAUCUCACUUCUCUUUCUUCAUUGAACGUGAAAGCCACUGAAAUUUCAGAAUGGCUUAAUGAACCUCUAAACAUUGAAGACAAGGACGACACAAAUUUUGUUCUUAAACUUUUGACAUACCUUCUUGACCACCCAGAGUGCUCCGUUGAUGAAGAAAUGGAGAACAUCGUUAAAAAGGUGAUAAAUUUUAUAUUUAAAAAAACACACACAAAAACUCCCGAUCCCGACUAUUUGGAUACAACCAAUGCAGUCACUGACUUGUUUGUUAAAUACGCAAACGCAAAUAUUCCAGCCACAAAAGAAGUCGCGUUUUUAAUGACACGCGCUGUUUCUCAAUAUCUUCGGGACAUGUUUAAAGAAACGUUUACCGAGCUGUUCGGACUGGGAAUAACAAACGCAACAACAGCGAUUGAAGAUGUUUUUAUCCAGAACAUCAACAACCCGAAUGUGCUCUGCUACGUGUGUGCCCUUCCAAAAAACAACUUGACAAAGACUGAAGAAUACACAAAAAGCGCACGAGCGCUUAUUUUGAAAAAAAUGGGAACCGAUUUUUUGUCUCCAAAGCUCAUUGAAUUUUACAGAGAAAAUGUCAACACAGUUGAUGUGGAGUUCGCUCAGCAAAUUUCUGAUGCACUUUUUACUCCACCUAACCUCGAAAACAUGAAGCUCCCAAUUAUACAGAAUGAAAACACGCGUAUUGAACUUUUGAAGUUACUCGAGAAGUAUUUUGUUAUUGGAGGAUUCAACAAAGAACUCACUGACAAUUGUGUCAACAAUAUUAAACCGAUUCAAAUGGCCAGAGUCACUGAUGCGACAUUUAAAAAAUUCCCGUUUGUUGGUUUGGAGAACCAAGGAUGCACGUGCUACAUUAACUCGUUGGUUCAGCAGCUAUACAUGAAUCCCUACUUUAGAAACAAAUUGUUGAAUGUCAAAGGUAAUGAAAAUUCCGUGAACAUCAAUGCCUUCCAGAAACUGUUCACCGAGCUUCAUGAAACUGUUGUUCGGUACGUUGACACCAAAGACUUCAUUUCGCACCUAAAGGGUGACGACGGCAAAGAAUUGAAUCCAUACAUCCAAAUGGACACACACGAAUUCUUGACAUCGACGUUGGAUGAAAUUGAAAAGGAACUGAAACAAAUCGACGGCCAGAAAAAUAUAAUCGAAGAAUGUUUCUCUGGGACCUUGUCGAACCAAAUAGUGUCUAAAGAAUGCGAACAUGUCUCCGAGACUGAAGAAAAAACCAUUUGCCUCCAAAUGUCCAUUAUUACUUUUGGCGAACCAAACAAAACAAGUUUGGACGAAAGUUUUGCGUCGAUGAUUAAAGGCGACGAGCUUUCGGGUGACAACAAGUAUUUCUGUGAAAAAUGUAAUAAAAAGGUCGAUGCUGUUCGUCGUUCGUGCAUCAAAACCCCGCCAAACACUUUGAUCCUCCAUAUCAAACGGUUUGAAUUUGACUACGAAACAAUGGAUCGAAUUAAAUUGAACAACCGGUAUGAAUUCCCUCGAGAACUCGAUUUGUUCAAAUACUCUGCCGAAUUUUUAAAAGACCCAACAAUUGAAAACAAGGGUGAUUUCCAGUUCAAGUUGGUUGGUGUUUUGAUACAUUUGGGGUCAUUGGAUAGUGGCCAUUACUACUCUUAUAUCAAAGAUCAAGAAACUGGAGACGAGUGGUUUGUUUUCAAUGAUGAUCUCAUUGAAAAGUUCGACUUAAGCAAGCUCGAAGAGCAAACGUAUGGUGGCGAUGCAACAAAGAGAUUCUCUGCGUACAUUUUGUUUUACCAAAAAGUGAUUCCCAUUGUCGAGAAAGUCGAUGUCGUGUACCCAAUCGAGUUGAAGAAUAAAGUUAUUCAAGACAACCUUUCUAUGAUGAGCAAUUCGGUCAUUUUGGCCAAUUGUAACAUGUCUGACUAUUUAAUCCAGCAGAUGCGUUUCUGCAACAAUGAACCCAAUUUUGAGUUCACGACCACAGCCCAAGUCCCUACACAAUGCAAUAAAAUGGAAAUAGAGAUCCAAAAUGGAGUUAGUGAACAAACGAUUCGCGACUUGAUAGAAAUUUGUGUCCAUUAUGAAUUAACUCACGCAACGCUUUUAAUGCAAUACCCACGUCAAGAAAUGUUCCAAAUUGAGUUACUGAAAAUGGUCGAAAAGUACCCAGACAUUGUUAACACAAUACUUAAGUCUGAGGUCGAGCAGAAAGAAAAUGAACUUCUGAAAAAGACUCGGGAAUACGUCAUCAGUUCAAGAGCCACGAUCAACACAUUACAUUUCUUCUCUCAGAUUUUUGGCAUGGGAGACAAAGAGCUGGUCAUUCAGUACGCCGAAAAGUUGAUAAAGUUUUUCGCUUCUGUCAAAAAGACGGGGGAUUCCUUUUGGCGGUUUUGUUUAUUUCUUCGAAAGCUUUGUGAAAAUAUUCGCGUCGGACGGAUCUUCCAAGAGAAACUUAUUACUGGUGUUGGGUAUAUUAGCUGUUAUAAUGCUCUUAGUUGCAGUGAAAAAGUCCUCAAAUUUGUCCCCGACAUGAGUGAUCUUUAUUUUGCAUUUUUCACUGCUCUUGCGUCGAACUAUUCCAAUCUCGACGAAUCGUCCAAAGCCAGAUCGAGAGAUGUUGAGUUUUUGAAGUCAACAGUGAGAUGGGUUGAAAAGUCGAAAAACGUCGUCAACAAAGUAGAAGUGGUUGAAAUAUUACUCAGAUUUUUGAAAGAAAUCACGAAGAUUGACAUUUUGAGUUAUAUUGUUCGAACGACGCAAAUACUUGAGAACAGCAAGGAGGGGUUACCAGAUGUGGUUUCGCGUGCGUUUGUCCUUUUAAGUCAGACCAUUGUGAUAACUUCCGAAGAGGAGGAAAAAGCGACUUUGUUCCUGCAAACGAUGAUUGGAGAGAUGCAUGGGUAUCACUAUCCGACCGAGAACAUCUGUUAUGUCCGCAUAGUGAAAGGAAUGAUUGAGAAGAAUCCGUUUGUGACUCAAAUAGCUCAAAAAGAAUUGUUAACAUAUAUUCAACGAAACCCCGACGAAGCCUACCGAUGUGUGUUAUAUUUCAAUGAAGAACUUAAAAGGGAAAUCAACGAAUUGUAUGAACACCUUCUUGGUGAUUAUGUGAAGAAUGUAUGGAAUGAGAUCAUCAUCCCGAGAUUGGUCAAAGAGAAAUUGGGCGUUUCUUUUCUCUACGAAUAUAAAGGAGAUCCUUGUUAUCGUUUGAAAGACUCGAUUUCGAUGUUACAUCGAGUGUUAAAGAAAUACGGAACUGACAAUUUCGAGCUUAAAUUCUUUGUGGAUCUGUUCACAACAAUCAUCACAUCGCAAAGAAGACCAAACUUGGACUAUAACUUGCUGGAAUUGGCGGCUUUAUGUGUUGAUAUCUCCAUUACUCAUAAAGAUUUGUUUGAUGCGGGAAGUCUCAGGAAUAUCAAUUUCAAGCAAAACAUCUGGGGAGAGGAAGAAAAGCGCGUUGAGAAAUGCAUCAAUGACAGUUAUGUUGAGAUUAUGAAAAAUAUAGACUAA